AUGGAUGUUGAUGAACCAAAUCCUACUGUAAUAUCAGAUUCUGAAGCCGCUGAUGAGGAAAUUAGUGUCAUAUACAGACCCGAAUUCAAUGAAGAUUAUUUUUGGGCGGAAGAAAAUGUCCAAGGAACAAGCAGAUCACAGAAAAUUGUUAAUGAGGGAUUGAGCUUGGAUUCUACCGCUGGAGAAUCUUGUCCUCCUUCCGUAAUAGCUGAUACACAGGUUACCACAGGCCUUCGGUGGUCUUUGAGAAAGAGGAAAGCUAUUCAAAAGAUGCCAUACAGUUUAGAACGGAUAAAGCACAGGCAGUUACUAGAGGGCUAUGAUAUAACUAGUUUUGAUACCAUUUCCAAUCAGUUGAUUUUACCAAAUAACACUUCUACAGUGACUCACUCAAAUAAUAUUUCGCUUACAAAGAGAACAGAUAAACCCUUCGCUGAUCAGGAAAGUGUUACAAUCGACUCUAUUGGAUCCGAGAAUGAUUCGAUUGAAUCUCAAAGGUAUGAUAGUGAUGAAGAAAUACCAAGGAAAAGGCAUCGUAAUUCUAAAGGUUCCGACGAGAAUAAAAUGUUUCAAUCAGACGAUUCUAUAGAAAACGAACAAGACUUUGCUAGUACAAAUUUACAGGAUGCUCAGGAUGAUGAAGUGAUCUUUAGGGGAAGAGUAUUGAAUGUAAAAACUGGUUAUCGUGGGGUUUUGCCGAGAGUUGCUUGGGAGAAGUCGUUGCAAAAGCAGCAGUCUUCAAAAGUUACGAAAAGAAAGACUCGACUAUUAAACCAUAAGGGGGUGGCCAGGCGAAAAAUAAAUAAGAGUACCCGUAUUGAAGAUGAAGAACAAAAUUUAUUGAGUGAUCUUAUUGCACCUGAUGACGAACAGGAUAUUGAAGAAGAUGCUCCUCCAGAUAUAUACUUAGGAAACCUUUCAGAGGAUCGUAAGGCUAAUGAAAGGGAAUUGAAAGAAUUACAGGAAUAUUACGAAAGCAAGUACAGUGAAGAUGAAGAGUCGGCUAGAACGUCUGGUUUUAAUCUCAAUGGGGGAUAUCGCAACGAACCGGUAUAUGAACUAGAAUAUGACGGACCAGAGAGCUGCCUUCCUCAUGUAUCUUAUAAGGACCAGCCUAUUAUUUAUUUGAAUUCACAGCACUCGGAUAGCGGAUUUAGUGAGCAAUACGACAUUUCUGGCGAAGAUAAUCGAAGUGUAAUAUCCCUAGACGCUGCUGAAGAGCAUAAUGAUGGUAUAAUUGACAAAAUGCUGGUUAAAGCUAAAAGAAAUAAAUCUACUACUGAUUUUAAUGCUUUGAAUGCUAAAAGGAAGAAAGUGAGAAGGUAUAAGUACAAAUACCACAAUUCUUGCGCGCAUCCAACCACAAGGGCUAUCAAGGUUGGAAAACGGUCGGCGCAUAAAUCGCACUUGAUAACUAAUAGAAAUCCAGUUUCAGUUAUUCCUAAGGGGAAUCAUGUCAUUGAUGAAUAUCUUUUUGAGCCCUCAGACCCCCAAUCCCUAGAACUCGAUGAAAACUCUUCUAUUAAAUCACUGAAAAAGAAAAAGAAGAAGAAGAAAACCCCUGUAUACCCAAGUUUGUCCACUGAUCUUGAGUUGAGGCGAAAACCAGUUUUCAAUACUGUUAUCGAAAUUCCCACGAACCGGUACGCUUUCACAAAGCCAAAUGUGCGCAAUAAGAACAACAUUAAUUAUGGCAUGGAAAUUGAGGAAGAAGACAUAAAUCAUGAACUUGGACCAAUAAUGGUCGUUCUUGACUCAAUUUUACUAAAGAAACCUUUUGAGCCGCCUAAUUUCGUCAAAAUUCAGUUGCCUGGCAAGAGUUAUUCGCUAUCAAAAUUGAAUCCUGCAGAUAUAGCUGCAUCACUACGGGAUAUAUUUAGAGCAAUCAUCGACAGGGGGAUCACUGAUACCGAACUAGUUCACUUUAACGAAAGCCUGGUCACUUUUUUGGUGCAUCUUGACAUGCCCGAACUAUUUGACUUAAUAGGUGAAUUUCAUCGUGAAUUUAGAUCAAAAGUUAACAGUUUGAGGAAAAAAGCCAAACCAAUUCACUUUUUUCAAAUUGCGACAUGCCAAUUAAUGUUUUUAGAAAUAUCGAGAUAUAACAAAAUCCCAGCCGCUGCAAAACUUGAAAUGGAUCUCAAACUUGUAGAUCAUAUUGUCUCUUUUUUCAAACUACUUUCUGUGUGUUAUGAUUCCGUCAUGAAAAAUUCUAUGCAAUACUUGUACACAAGUUACUAUAUUCUGUCUGCUGUGGUUGAUAUCAUACACAAAAAGGAAGCAUUGUGGGAUUUAUUUCAAAAGCAUCCCUUUUUGCCUCAGAUUUCGCUGUUGCUGGUCAACAUAUUUCCUACGAAACACUGCCGCUGGCAGGUUUUAAGAUUAGAUUCUGAGUUCCAGCCCCUGAAUUCGGCGUUUCGGUUCAUCAAUUAUUGCAUUGAAACUUGUAAUUGGAAUGUUACGAAUUCCUUGAUUCUCUCUCUCGACCGCAUAUUCAAAAAGAGAAGAUUCUCUGAUUUCGAAGAAGAGGCUAUUCUCUCGCAAAAUAAUAAGAUCAUUUUUCCUCCAACGAAGCAGCCUGCGUCUCGAUUAAUAUUUAACAAAUAUUUGCAUUUACUGACAUUAUGUGAAUUAUCUAGUUCCGAUACACAACGUGUGAUACCAAUGGGUGAGAUUUCUAUGAAUGAUUCUUUGUCGGUUUUGAAGAACCGCCUCAACCUUCUAAUUGUUCUAGCAACACACUUUGAUCUGAACUUAGAGAAGCGCUUCCAAGAGCUAACACGACCAUUAUAUAGUAAGGAAUAUUUAGACUUUCAUGCACCGAAUACAGUCAGGACGAUAACAACAUUGAUUAUGCAGGCGAGUCUUUCAUUUCUGGAAAUUAGUCGGGACAAAAAUCACCCAUUCAGUGGAAAAUUCAUAGCGUCAUUAUUCGGUAAAUUGGUACUUCAGCAGCCUUCCAUAUCGGGAAUAACAGAAAAUUUUUUGAAGGAGUUCAUACCUUUAGUCUCUAAAAUGAAAAGAAAAAGUGUGAGUAUGCUCAAAUUACUGUACCCUUCACUAGUAACCAUGUCUCAAGAAAGGGUGUUCGAGGCUUCUUCUGUUUUAUUAUUGGAGGUAUAUUUGAAGAGCCUAGAUGUCCUGGGUCCAGCUUGGGUGCAAAAUUAUCUCCUUCAAUUUGUAAAGACCAAGGCUCAAGAAAAUAAAAGCUGGAUAGAAUAUUAUUGUCGGGUCGGAAAGUUCCUCGUAGAUGCUGAUAUAUUUACUUGGUGGACCUUCUUUACUUAUAACGGCUUAGAUGCAGCAUUAAGUUUUCAGCUUGCAUUUUAUUCCCUUAUCAUUGAUUUCUGUGAUGCAGAUUCUUUUGAACUGCUGAGAAAACCACUUUAUUCCAUUGCGUCUGAUUUGCUGCUCAUUUCCAAAGAUAACGCUUUCUAUCAAUUUCUUUCCAAUCUCUUGAAGAGAGCACAUAUUAUAGUGACAGAUUUGAAACCUGUUUCCGAUGAGAAUGAACUUUUGAGAUUAGUGUCUGUAUUUUCUAAAGCAUUGAAAAAAAAUGCAUACCAAGAUAUAUUGUCUGAUCUCCUAUCUAUGGCGAAAAAACAUUACGAUGAAGGUGACAUCAGCAAAAAUUUUUUAACGAGAUACCUGAAGUUCCUUAACAAAAAUUGUUUGACUGAGUUAAGAAAUAACCAACUUUUCAUCAGUUUAAGAAGGGAGCUGGGUAUAUCAAGUGAUGAGAACGAAAAAUGUGGGUUUUGGGACUCCUUCAAUGAGGCAGGUGAUAUGCUCUCAAAAGCAGCAUUCGUCGAAACCGGUAUUGUUCAAGCUUGUUGUACUGGGAAUGAAAUUGAUGGAUAUCUUGAAAAUUUGAGUACUUUAUUCACCUCUGCCAUGUUGGAAAGCCCUUUUACAUUUUUUUCUGACCUGGUUAUUGCACACAUAUUUGAGAGCAGACCUCUUUUCGACAUGAAUAUCAAGAAUUUUCUUCUGUGUCAAUUCAUCAACCUUUUCAAUAAAGUUUUAAGAAUGAGAUUCGAACAGGUAUCUCCUGAUGAAUUUGCUGAACUUUGCAAAGUAUACAGAGCGUUAUGUAUUGAGUACGCUACAGAUGAUACUUUCAAUAGGAAUAGUGAUUUAAUCACUGUAAAAGAUACAUUUUUAGCAUCUGUUUUGAGAAUUGCAGACGGAUUUUGGGAGUAUGAUAGGUUGUCGCAGCUAAGAAUGCUUGAUAGCGAUAUGAAUAUACCUAAUCAGAUUCCGCAUUCUAAUAUCCAAAGGUCACUAUCUGCGAUUGUAAUAAAGGUAAUAGAAAGAAAUAUAGGAAAAAUUGAGGCGUCUGAACCUUUCAAAAUCUUCAAGAAUACGUAA